CCCAACCCGACCCGACCCGACCCGACCAAUCGAAAUCGGCAUCGAUGGUUUGCCUUAAAUCGAAAUAGCUUGCCGCGUUUUAUACUGUUGCCAUACUGUUGCGCCGCCGGCUCGAGAGAACUGCGAAACCAAGUGAAAUGGAUGGUGUGACCGAGGACAUGUGGACGCCGUACAAGCAUCUGUACAGCGUUUUCCAGGCGGCGGUGGCCAAUCCCAGUGGCGUCACCUCGGACCUGGAGCUGUGCCUCAAGAAGUACAAGCACAGCUUCACCAACUUCCUGCGCAAUCCGGCCAAGAACGAGAAGAGCCGUGGCCAUCUGAGAAGUGCCCUCAACGAGGGCAUCCCACUGCCAGGACAGUCGCGAAAGAUCAAACUGUCGCAGGACCUCGUCGACGAGGCCCUCAUCCUCUCGGACAUGUUCGACCUGGACGAGGUGUUCGCCGUGGAGCUGCUCUGCACCGCCCAGCGGCAGCAGCUCCAUCAUCCCGGCCUGCCCAGGGGCCUGGUGGCGGUGCUCCUCUACUACGACGGACGGAAGGCCAUUAGCUGCACCCUGCGCGACAUGUUUCAGACGGUCAGCGGCGUCUCCUGGAGCACCGAGCUGCCCAGGGAGGUCACCUGCCUGGUCACCAACUAUGCACAGAGCCUGGUGGACGACUCAAACAUACUGGGACGCCUGCUGGAGCUGCUCGAGGAGAUGGACCUCGACAAGGAGUGCAUACUGCUGACCAAAAAUCGCGCCUUCGGCUCCAAGAAGCACCAGAACCAGGUGCUGGGCCUCUACGAGGACAUCCAGCGGGCACUUGCGAUGGCCCUGUUCCAUUGGUCCGCCCAGCGCGGUCUGCCACGCCCCAUUGCCAUCCGGCUGAUGCAACAAUUGGCCAGCCGGAAGACCACCGAUGCCGAUGGGAACAUCGAUGACGUGACCCUCGUCAUGCUGAUGGCCCUGCUGUAUGCGUACGACACCUCCGUGCUGCUGAUCACCGAGUACAUCAAUCCGCACACAGCCCGCCUGCCCAUCCUCAGCGAUCCGGAGUUCGCCAAGAGCUUCCUGGAGGCCCUCUACGCGCAGGGCAGCUGGCAAUCGCCGCGCCUCGACGCCAUCAUCACCUACAGCUUCGGACUGACGCUGGCCAGCCUGCGCCACGCCCCCGGCCAACUGCAGGCCGCCGCCCUCACCGCCAUCAACCGGGACGAGAUCCUCAUCGACGAGGCCCUGGCCGCCCAGGUGUUCGGCUUCAUCUACCGCCUGCUGCUCGAGAAGGACCUGGUCUACACCACCGAGUUCAUAUACCGCCGCCUGCACCUGCUCAUCACCGACUUCAUCGACUUCAUGCACGCCAAGGUGUCGGAGCUGCGCGGCCGAGCGGACGAGUCGGCGCGGACGGUGAUGAGCUUCCUGAACGAGGGCCUCGAGCCGCCGCCCAACCUGGACUCCAACUUCGAGCUGCUCAUGCUGUGCGUGGCCAAGCUGUACGGCGAUCCGCGGGUGAGCAUCAAGCUGUGCAACGAGUACUGGGGCCCCAGCGACCCCACCGGCGCCACCUUCGGCGUCCUGCUGCCCACGGCCUUCAAGAACACCUCGCGUUCGGUGUCCCUGUUCAAGUUCAUCAGCCUGGCCAGCGAGCUGCUGCCGCAGACCCUGUUCAAGUCCUACCUCCGCAUGAUUUCCGGCCUCACGCGCACCGAGUUUGCCGCGCGGUGCGCCUUCAAUAUGCUGAAGCUGCCGCAGGUGACCACCGGCACCUAUGCGGUCAGCUGGGAUCACUUCUUCUCCACGCUGGCCAACUACUACAACUUGAUGCGCAACGAUUUCAACACCAACAUCAGCGCCGCCGGAGAGACCAUCUACCGCGGUCGCUCCACGCCGCGCAUCAUCACGCAGCGCGAGGCGGAGCACCUGGUGGCCGUCAUGGGCAUCAUCCAGGCGGUGGCCGAGCACGACGAGAUCUCGCGCAUCAUGAUCUGCGAGCAGGCCAACUGGCAGCCACCGCAGGUGCUGCUGGGCCUGGUGGCCUGCUCCACGCCGCUGCUCCUCAAGGCGGAGAUCCUGUUCACGCUGGCCGCUUUGGCCAAGUCCAAGGAGACGGCGCGUGCCAUGUGGUUCCAUUUGGAGGACUCGCAGAUCAUACCCACCGUGCCGGUGACGAGCAACUACGGCCAGUGCAGUCUGGCGGAGGAGAUCGAGCAGAACGAGAGCCGGCUGGAGCAGUACAAGCUGACGCGCGGCAUCCUGCAGCUGCUGCUCACCCUGAUGACGGGCCACAUGCCCAAGAGUUUGGGCGUGGGACCGCGCAAGCCCGGCUACGAUGCCUAUCUCAAGUUUGUGCUGGAAUCGGUGCUGCUUAAGUUCUACAAUCGGGCGUACAAGGAUCCCGCCGAGAAGUGGCAGGUGGGCGCCCAGUGCCUCAAGCUGCUCUAUUAUCUGCUGGCCACCUACUGUCCGCGUGCCUCCGACUUCCAGGAGGCGCGCGACGAGCAUCCCUAUCCCGGCUACCAUGUGAUGAUGCAACUGCAGGUCAAGUCCGACAUGCUGCACCUGCUGCUGCGCAUCGUGGAGGAGGCGCGCGAGCGGCUGGACGACUACAACCGCUUCCGCGGCAAGGAGCUGCUCGAGGAGUGCACCCUCUAUGCCCUGCUGCUGCUCGAGGCCGGCCUGGCCAAGCAGAAUGCCUUCUUCGAGACCCAUUCGGCGGCCAAUUCGCCCAUCAUGCUGUCGGGCCUUAAUCGCAUGCUGCUCGACCUCAAUCCGCGCAGCCGGAAGCCCGACCAUGUGCUGAACAUCGUCAAGUUUGUGACCUACAAUAGUUGGCUGCCGCGCCAUGCGCUGGCCGCCGUCAAGAUCCUCAGUGCCGUCACCCAGCUGCCCAAUGUCUCCGCCCAGAUACUCAGCAUGUACGCCCAGGGCAGCAACGAGAAGCUCGAGAUCCGGCAGGGAUUCGUCGAGUGCCUGGAGAUGGAGGUGGGCGUGGCCAAGCACGACGGCGACGAGCUGCUCGACCAGCUGGCCCUCAACGAUCAUGUUCCGUUUCUGGGCUUCGCCGCCGAUGGCGACAGCAAUCGCGAGAGGGAUCGCGAGCGGGAUCGGGAGCGGAUGGGCAACAGGGAGCGGGAGCGGGAACAGGAGACGACGGAACUUGACCUGGAUCCAGAGGAGGAGGAGGCCGCGCCGGAGCGCAAGCCGGCACGCAUCGAGCUGCAGCUGAAGGAGGCCAUCGUGCAGCUGUUCGAGAUGAAUCUCAGCCAGCAGUUGCCCAACUUCGUCUACUUUCUGCUCGGCGUGGACGUGCUGCGCGACUUCAUGGCCAACGAGAAGCAGCAGCUGGGCAUAGAGAUGCACUGUUCGUGCGUUAACUCGCUGGUGCUGCUCCUCGAGAAGUACUUGGAGCAACAGCGUCAUAGCGAGGAGUACUGCGAGCACACGACCAAGAUCGUGGAACGCAUCUACCACCUGUUCCACGGACUCUGCGCCAAUCGACGCACCACGGAGACGAUCCUGCGCUACUUCCGGCUGACGUGCAACGACUUCCUGCUGCGUCACCUCAACUCGCUGCCCUUCCGCCAGCACCGCGAGGACCAUGUACUGCACGCCAUGAGCCACCUGCUCAACUGUGUGUCCAUCGACGUCAAGCUGGCGGCCACCCACGGCCAGACGACGCGCUACAACCUGCUGUGCGACAUCCUGCUGAUGGGCAACGGCUCGGAGGCGCAACGCUCCGCCCACGGCCUCCCCAUGGAGCUUUGCCACGGCCUGAUGCCGCAGUCAGCGCCCUUCUUUGCCAUGGAUCUGUUGCCCGGCGGCGGUGGCGGUGGCGGUGGCGUCGGUGGAGGAUCAAUGAAUGGCUCCGGUUCGGGCUCUGGAUCGGGCUCUGGAUCGGGAUCGGGAUCGGGUACGGGUACGGGUACGGGUACGGGUACGGGUACGGGUACGGGUGGAGGAGCUGCGGCCAGUGCCUUGAAACCGCCACUGCUGCAGGAGACAUCGCAGGGACUGCAUGCCAACCGGCUGCUCGACUGCCUUGUCCUGGAGAACGACACGCUCAGCCAGCCGCGAUUGGAGUUCUUCGAUGCGCAACUGACCGCCCAGCUGCUGCGCGACUGCGAGUCAUCGGCCGACUCGCCAACCAGCCUGAUCAAUGUGCGCAAACUGCACGACAUACUGCACGACGAACUGCGCCUGGUGCAGAGCACCAUCGUCAGCGGACAGCGCAAGGCCAUCUAUGCGGAGAUCACGGUGCUGCUGAAGCACGCCGUCAGCGUGAAUCGCGUGCGCACGCAGCGCUGCGCCACGCUGGCCUUCAUGGAGGCCUGGGGCCAGCUGGUCCAGGUGCUGUUCAGCAGCAUGCCCGAGGCUGUGCUGCCGGUGGCGCUGCGUCGCCAGCACAUCGUCGACAUCAUCGAGAAGAUACUGAUCAAGGUGCAGCCCAUUCAGCCCAUCAUCGAGAUAUCGAUUCAGGUCAGCGAGACGGUGCUGCUGCUGCUGGCCAACCUGCGAUACUGCUGCUACCAGGUGGAGGACCAGCGCUCCGACGAUCUAUCCAGCGACGACCCAUCGCUGCUUAAUGGCCACACCGCCGACUCGCAGGCGGGCAAGCAGCUGCUGCUGCUGGGCAAGAAGUGCAUUGGCCCUGGACUUGCAGGCUCGCCGGAUGGCGAAGGUGCCAGCGGCAGGGAGAGCGGCGGUGCCGGAACCAACAGCAGCAACCUGCGCUUCAUCCUCAAGAGUCUCGUCGAGUGGAUCAUGAUCAGCGAGGUGAAGUCACAGAAGUUGCGCAUCAACCUCUACAGCGCCCUGCUCAACUGCCUGCGCAUUGCCAAGCGGCUGCGCACCGACGAGCAGCUGGAGUACCAGGAAACGGUGAUAUCUCGGCAGGAGAGCUCGCGGAUGAGCAGCAUGGAGGUGCGGCGCGACGACCGCCGGCGGCUGACGGCCAUGGCCGCGGACGUGAUCGGCACGUUCGGCGAGAAGCUGAUCGACACCAUUUGCCACGAUGCGGUGACCGGUCACGAUGUGUGCCGGAUGCUGGCGCUGGCCUGCCUGGACAUGAUCUCCGAGCUGGAGGCGGUGAGCACGCUGUGCGACUUCGUGGCGAUGCGGGGCUACCUCAAGCACAUGCUGGACAGCCUGGGCAAGUCGAGCGAGGCGCUGUGCGGCAUCCUGCAGCCGGUGCCGGACCAUCUGCGUCCGCUGUACGUGUACGAGUCGCGGAUGGCCUUCCUCACGCGCAUGGCGAACACGGGCGUGGGCGCCCGCCUCCUGCUCGCCGAGCGGGCAUUGGGCGUGCUGUCCAACAUGCGCGUCUACGACCUGCAGCCCGACCUCAAGGCCAGCGAACUGAAGCGCAACGAGCCGCCAACCUUUCUGCCGGCCAUCGACGAGCGUUUCCGUGCCAUCCUGCUGCCGGCACUGGCCCUCUGCGAUGCCAUUGUCAACUCGCUGGGGUCGCGCAACAAUUCGGCUGCUUUGCAGGUGCUCAACUUCCUGUUCGCCCACAUCGACAUGGUGGAGGCGAUGCUGCGCACGGCCACACCGUUCAUGGACCUGGGCCACCUGCAGCAGCUGGCCGCCAUCACCAAUCUGUUUGCCCGCACCAAUACGCACGAGGUGACCGCUCUGGAGGACAGCCUCGAUGUGGAGAACGACCUGGAGCUGCGCAACCGAUUGGGACGCCUGCAGCAGCUGAUGAUCGUCGUCUUUGGCCGCUUCUCCGUCAGCGAGGCCACCAUUCGGCGCAUGCUGCAGCAGGACCAGGAGCAGGAUCACCACCAUCACCAUCACCAGCAGAAGCAUCAGCAGCUGCAACAGCAGGAGGGCAACGAUCUGGCCGGAGGCGAGGGCUCCAAAACGCUGCGCAUCAAGUUCUUUCUGGACAUCGCCGCCAACCUGUCGCUCUACUGCCGCAACGCGGUCACCAGCCACGUGAAGGACAGCAUGACCUCCAAGUUCUUGCUCACGACCAUGAUCAACGACGUGACGCCGCUGACUGGCAAAAUGGACAGCAAGAAGCUGACGGCCGUCAUGCACACCAUCCUCAACCAGCUGAAGGGCUCCAUCGGCUAUUACCUCUCGCAGAAGUCCAUUGCCGACAAUCUGCUGCAGCAGCGCGCCUCCCUGCCGAACAUCAGCUUUGGUCCCAAUGGCAAGCAAAGCUAUCUGGACUUGAGCCAGCGGCACAACGAGAAGCGCAGCGAACUGAUGCAGGCCGUCUUCAUUGCCGAGCAGAAUCUGUACUUGCUGUGGAUCCACCUGGACUUCUACCUGCGCAACGCCGUUGUCUAUGCCAACGAGAACCGCAACGCCAUCAACGAGAGUCUCCUGGACAACGGCAACGGCAAUGUGUCCGUGCUGAAUGCCUCGCAGGACGAGAUCCUGCAGCUCAAGCAGCUGCUCAUCUCCACCUUCAACGAGACCUUCUGCACGCAGCUAAUCACGGCCAGCGAGGACUACGCGACCAAGUGCAGGGGCUUCAACGCCUCGCUGCUGCGCCGCAUCAAGGCGCUCGUCCAGUUCGCCCCGGUCACUGCCAAUGGCGACAAUUCCACGUUCAUCUCGUAGGCCCGAAUCGAACGCCAUUUCCCCCCCCUGCCGGCUCGUCUUGGUCCUUCGGUACGGAUAUCCGCCGCUAAGUUGCGCCUCGCAAUCGGUAGGGCGAUGCUGCCCUCCCGGUGUCUGAUAAACCAUCGACUGAGCCACGUAUUUAGUUUUAUAUUUCAAUAAAAAGUGUUGAUUUUCUCAAGCGAAA